UUCGUUCAUUUGGAACUCGUUGGGCUUCCUUGAGAUAUUCACAUCAAUACAGUAUGGUAAAUAGACCUUUAGUUAUUUCUGGACCAAGUGGUACUGGUAAAUCUACCUUAUUGAAAAGAUUAUUAGCUGAAUAUCCAGAUAAAUUUGGAUUUUCAGUUUCCAAUACUACCAGAAAACCAAGAGAAGGCGAAGUUGAUGGAGUUGAUUAUCACUUUACUACCGUUGAUGAUUUCAAAAAAUUAAUUGAAGAAAAAAAAUUCAUUGAAUGGGCUCAAUUUUCAGGUAAUUACUACGGUACUUCUAUCAAAUCAGUUAAUGAUGUUGCUGAAAAAAAUAGAAUUUGUAUCUUAGAUAUUGAUAUGCAAGGGGUUAAGUCAGUUAAAGACUCUGAUUUGAAUGCUAGAUACUUGUUCUUGAGUCCACCUUCUAUUGAAACUUUAAGACAAAGAUUAGAAGGUAGAGGUACUGAAACUCCAGAAUCUCUUGAAAAAAGAAUCGGUGCCGCUGCUGCUGAAAUGGAAUAUGCUCAAACUGGUGCUCAUGACAAAAUUGUCGUUAAUGACGAUUUAGAAAAGGCUUAUAAAGAAUUUAAAGAAUUCAUUUUAGAUGAAAACUAAGCAUCUCUCAAUUGACUUUAAAUCUGGGUGGAUCAUGUUGGGUCCAUAGUUUAGCUCAUACGAAUCACUUUUCUCUACGUUGUUUUAAUCUUUCUCUAAAAUUUUCUUGCAUCCUUUUAGUGGCCCUUCACCCUCUUACAAUAGCGUAUGACUAACUACUUCUUUAGAAU